UGUCAAAGUACCUAUGCGCGGAUGUUUACGUUUUUCCAUUCUCUUUAAGUUAGUUUAAGGUUCCUCUGCUUGAAGUCUUUUUUAGUUUUGUUUCAAUAAAAAAAUGUUGAGGAUUACCACCAAAAAGGCCACGAAUUUAUCAUGCAGAUGUCUGCAUAGCAGGACCGGCAAUCAUUCGAAUCAUUUUAACAUAGAAUCAAUUUGUAGCGAAGAUAACAUUCGUCGGUGUAUCAAAUCAAUGCAAUCGGCUCCGCAAGUCAAAUUAUCGCAAAAACAAUACGACACAGAAGCUGCCGUCUUGAUUCCGCUGUGCACACAUAACGAUAAGCUUAGUUUACUGUAUACAGUGCGUUCAGCCAAAUUAAGCAAGCACGUUCGUCAGGUUUCCUUUCCGGGUGGCUUACGCGAUGCGGACGAGUCAUGGGAAAAUUGUGCACUUCGUGAAACGGAGGAAGAAAUUGGCAUUCCGAACCAGCAAAUUCAAAUUUAUGGAACUGGUCGAAUGAUCGUACCAGCUCGACCACCGUCAAUAAUGCCAAUCGUAGGUUUUGUGAAUCAAUUCGACAUUCGAUCGCUGAAACUGAAUAGCGACGAAGUGGAGAGCUGUUUUACCGUUCCACUGAAGGAACUUUGCCGAAAUGAAAAUAAGCGACACACACAGUUCAAGGGAGGAUAUUGUGUUCCCACAUUCAUAGGUGCCGAGAAACGGAUAUGGGGAAUUACUGGAUUGAUUACGCACCUAUUCCUUACUGCACUGCUACCGAAAGACAUCUACUCCCAUCCCAUGAAAUUCGUAUCGAAAUAUCGACCGGUGACUAGCUAGUGAUUACAAUUUGUUCGUACCUGCAAAGUUGUUAAAUAAAUCAAAUUUUGUUG